CGGAAUCUGACUUUCCUUACACUAAGAAAUUCUUCGGUUCACCGCCCUAAAGCCUUCUGUUGGCCAUUUAGCUCGACCAGGGAUUUCCGGAAACCCAUCUGGCUAAUCGAGGGGAAUCAGCUUGCCGAGCAGAUCAGCAGCUCAUGCCGGUACUACAACCACGGCCUCUUCCUUCAGGAGGGGCUGCAGUUGCUCCCUCAAAACCCGCUACGACUCCCUUACAGAAGAUAGAACGACAGUAUCGGAAAUUUUUGGCCAAGCGAUAUAUGACCCUUAUGAGCCGAGUCGCUUUAUGGAUAGCUGUACUUCUCUCGUUAUUCUCAGCUUUUGUUUCAGGUGACAUAUCGAAAGUGCCUUUUGCGGUCCUCUCCAGUUUUCCAGUGUUCUUAUCUCUUGCUUUUCUCUUGAGAGUUAGAAAGAGCUUCAUAACACAGCCUUAUCGGCCGUCGCCACGCUCUUCACUUAUUGGUCUUAUCGUCUCCUCGUUCUGGAACCAGCGCGUGAUCACUUUACUAUUUAGCUACGCAGUCUUCAGCAUUACCAUAACAAAUGUUUGGUUUACGCUCUUGGGUAGAGAGGAUAUGACACUGUUCAAUUCAACCCCGCGACAUCCCUGGCAAUUGAAUGAAAGCCGUUUUAUCCUUACCGCUUCGAAUGCUUGCCUCUUUUUGGUCGCUGCCGCCCGUGAUAUCCUCAAUGACAACCUUAAAGCCGACUGGCCUCGAGAAAGGAAACCAUUUGCUCAAGCUGUCAAAAUCGCUCUUUUCGACAACGUUUGGGGAUCUAGUAGGAUUGGAUUCACUUUCCUGUGGUCUAUUUCGACACCUUUUGCAUACUGCUGGCUGGGCUUGAGAAGUUUCAUUUGGCAAUGGGUCAAUUGGAGAUUGUGGGGAGUGGCUGUGCGGCCUUUCUUGGGAAGUUUUGCGCGCUCUACGUCCAAGACACCUGGUCCAUGGGCGUUGCUCGGACCAAUGCUCACUCUCAACAUGCUCACUCUCCUCGCGUUGCAAUUCCCCGUCAAGGGUCUGGCAGCCUACACUACUCAGCCAAUCCACUUUGACGAAUUUUACAAAAAGAGUCCAUUGAGCCUUGAAAUAUACCUCAUUACAGCUCUCAAAUCUCAAGAUCCUUACUACUUGCAAUUCACUUUGAUGGAACUUCUGCGGGUGGUUAGCAUCCCUCGACACCGCAAGAUAUUCUUCGAUGACAUUUCAAAAUCGCCUAGUUUGAUUAGCCAACUCUGUCAAGAACUACUUCUCCAAUUCGGAAAGGUUCACAAUGUCCUGGUUAACCGGGGGGUCACAAUCCAGCCCCAGAAUACAAAGUCUUCGCCCGUCGCUGCUAGUGGCAUAUCCACUGCGCACGAUGAAAGAAAAAUUUCUAUUCGUCAAGCCGACAUCUUCAGACCUUUAGCCAAGCCUAAAUCGACAUUCAACCUAAAGAGCAUACUUGAUGGCCCCAUUCAAGCGACUGCUCCUUCCCCUGUCGUCAAACUUGGCCAAGCUGGCACUUUGGCCAUAAAACAUGUUGAGAGUGUCCAAGAUAGGGUGGUCGGACGGAUUGAAGGGAAUCCAGUCGGAGGUGCCAUCGUCAGUGAAGCAAAGGGUGCCAGGAAAGGUGUGAAUGAGUGGGCAGGGAAGGAGUGGGGGAGAAGGUCUGUGAGGUCUGUUUUGGGGGAAGUACUCGUUGCCCAACGAGUUAUUGAGAUCCUAGUUAUCCUUUCAAUCGCCUCAAUUGAGGAGGAUACCUAUGGAAACGUCCAACAAGUGUUACCUGCUAUUUUGGAAGCCAUUGUCAGGUUCCGUGAAGCAAUUUUUGCACUUGAGGUUCAGCUGCUAGCCCAGACUAGAUUACUUGGUCCUGCUCAAAGUGGUGCAAUGGACGAGGUGAAGAAGGACCUUUAUGUAGCCAUUGGUUCGUGUGACAAAGCAGUGAAAAGAAUAGCGGACACUUUCGGACAGAGCCUUUCAUCUUUCAGAUUCCCUCCUUCCGUCGCUUAUGGUUUGGGUGAGAUUUGUAAAGGUUAAUCCUCUGCAACAACUCGAAUUAAAUUAGUCCAGACAGUAAAGGCGUACGGCAUAUGCAAUAACAUUACACAUGG